UUGGCUCAUCUCGACCGCCAUUUUGUGUUAGGCCCACUCUUCCAAAGCGGGAGAAAAUUAUUAGCCCGGCGCAGAGCACACACGGCCGUCCGCUGAGAGACUGCUGAGAGCACCGCAAGCGCUGAGCUUCCAAGCGAAUAUAUCUGGGAAAAGAAACAACCAGGAAGUGUUGGUUGGCCCAUUGCCAUGGAGGGCGAGGUUGUUUCCAUGGACACCACUCAGGCUGCCCUGGCUUCUGAAGGAAAGGUCUUGCCAGAGGGCGGAGAGGCCUUGAUACAAGGGGCACAGGCUGAAGUGGCUGGCAACAUGGAGAUGAUGGUGAUGGACGCUCUCGAUCCAGCUCUGCUGCAAAUGAAGACGGAGGUGUUGGAGGGAGGCGGCACAGUAACAGUUACUGGUGGAGAUGAGGGUCAGAUCAUCACACUCCAGGUAGUGAACAUGGAGGAGCAGGCAGGUGCUGCAUUGGGUCUUGGCCAGCUUCAGUUGGUGCAAGUACCAGUAACUACAACAACUGUAGAGGGGCUUCAGGCCACUUAUGUUGAAGCAUCAACAGCUAACAAGGAUGCAGAACCGGUUAUCUGUCACACCCUGCCCUUACCUGAGGGCUUCCAGGUGGUAAAAGUGGGUGCCAAUGGUGAAGUGGAGACUGUAGAACAGGAGGAGCUCCAGGCUGCUCAUGAGGAGUUCCAAGGGACGAGGGGGGGGGGUGAAGAGGAGGAUGAAGAGGUAGCAGAAGUAGAAUCGUCUGUGCCACAGCAAGAUGAUCCAGACUACCAGCCCAUUACCACGGUCCGUAAAGGCAAGAAAGGAAAGAAAAGCCGCCUGCGCUAUGCAGAGGGAGAUCGUGGCAUGGAUGUGUCCGUGUACGACUUUGAGGAAGAGCAGCAGGAGGGGCUGCUGUCAGAGGUUAAUGCUGAGAAGGUUGUGGGUAACAUGAAACCACCAAAGCCCACAAAGAUCAAGAAAAAAGGUGUAAAGAAGACUUUCCAGUGUGAGCUGUGUAGCUACACCUGUCCAAGGCGCUCUAACUUGGACCGACACAUGAAGAGUCACACAGACGAGAGACCACAUAAAUGUCACUUGUGUGGAAGAGCCUUCAGAACAGUCACACUGCUAAGAAACCACCUCAACACACACACGGGCACUCGGCCACAUAAAUGCACAGAUUGUGACAUGGCAUUUGUGACCAGCGGUGAGUUGGUGCGUCAUCGUCGCUACAAACACACACAUGAGAAGCCUUUCAAGUGCUCCAUGUGUGACUACUCUAGUGUGGAGGUGAGCAAAUUGAAAAGGCACAUCCGCUCUCAUACAGGAGAGCGGCCCUUCCAGUGCAGUCUGUGCAGCUAUGCCAGCAGAGACACUUACAAGCUGAAGAGACACAUGAGAACGCAUUCAGGUGAGAAACCAUACGAAUGCUACAUCUGCCACGCUCGUUUCACACAGAGCGGCACCAUGAAGAUGCACAUUCUGCAGAAACACACGGAGAACGUGGCUAAGUUCCACUGCCCACACUGUGAUACCGUCAUUGCACGCAAGAGUGACCUUGGUGUUCACUUGCGUAAGCAGCACUCAUUUAUUGAGACGGGGAAGAAAUGCCGUUACUGUGAUGCUGUUUUUCAUGAGCGCUAUGCUCUCAUUCAACACCAGAAGACUCACAAGAAUGAAAAGCGUUUCAAGUGUGACCAGUGUGACUACUGCUGCAGACAGGAACGUCACAUGAUAAUGCACAAGCGUACACACACAGGGGAGAAGCCAUUUGCCUGCAGUCAGUGUGAUAAAACUUUCCGACAGAAGCAGCUUUUGGACAUGCACUUCAAACGCUACCAUGAUCCCAACUUCGUCCCCACUGCCUUCGUCUGCAGUAAAUGUAGCAAGACAUUCACACGCAGGAACACGAUGCUGCGUCAUACUGACAACUGCACGGGUGAAGUUGUUGGAGAUGAAAAUGGAACUGAUACACCCAAAAAGGGCCGUCGUGGCAGGAAGAGGAAGAUGCAGGCCAGGAGGGAUGAUGACGAUGACGACACAGAAGGUGAUCUGGAUGAGAUCGAGGAAGAGGAUGAGCUGCUUACUGAGAUUGAGGUGGAACAGGCUGAACCAGUAGUUCCUAUUCCAGCCCCAGUGGAGCCACCAGUCAAGAGGAAACGUGGACGGCCCCCAAAGAACAAGCCUGACACGGCUGCUAUCAUCCGUGUGGAGGACGAGACCACCGGAGAGGUGGAUGACAUCAUUGUGAAGAAGGAAGUUGGAGCCGAACAAGACGAGGAGGCCACAGAGGUGGUGGUGGUUGGAGGGAAGUCGACCAUUCAGAUGGAGGAGUUGUCCCAGGAAGAGGGAGCAACACAGGAGGUGCAGCUGUCCGAGGCCCCUCCUAAUGGAGACCUGACUCCUGAGAUGAUCCUCAGCAUGAUGGACCGGUGAUGGGUGUGAGGGUUGAACCUGUAAACACACCCAGACCCUUGAUUACAUCUUCAUUUUAAUUCUCGGCAUUUAGGAUAACAAACAAUUGCAUCCUGCACCAGAAAGAAAUGUCACAGUUGUAAUUUAAGAUUUGCUUUUUAAUCAUGUAUUGAUACGGACUUGGAUGAGUGGGAAAAAAAAAAAAAGAUUUUUAAUAAGGAUUUAUCUACCAAAAAUGCAUUUCAGUCCAUUUGAGUUUGGGGUGGCUGUUAUAGAAGGCAGUAUCUUUUUUCUUUUUGUUGUUGCUUUUGGUGGUUAGUAGCUCUGUAAUUUGGCAGGUAAUAACUAUGCUUGUUGAUCCACAUUACAAAACCUUUUCUGCCAAAAAGUCACCAGAAAGAGCUUAACUCUUUCUUUUUUUUUUUCAUAAAUCCUUUUUCUUUGUUUUACUUGUUUUGAAAUUGUACCAGUGGGUGAAAGUCGUAGUUUAGUUGUUUGUAAAUAGUACUGUACCCAUAGUGAAUUAUUUUUUGUCCUUAAAAAAAAUCAUUACUCCAACCAAUGUUCUUCAAUCAGGAGUUUGGACAGACAGUUGCUUUCUAGUAAAGAUGCUGAAGCUGAAUAUUGGUUUGUGGGGUCUGAUUUAAGAGCAACAUAAUAGUAAAAACAAGUACAUUUAGAUCUGUGUAACAAAAUUACAGAAACAAAAGCAACUUUCAGGAAGAUGAUACUGCCAUAGAUCACAGCCACUUCAAGAUACGAAAAAGUGAAAUAUUUUGAAUUUUUCUUUUUCUCUUGUUAGCAAAUUCUUUUUAAGUAUAUUCUAGUUUUUAAAAGCUUAAUAGACUGCUUAUCUCAUGCUCCUUUCCUGCUACUGUCACACCCGUAGAUGAUGUGUACGUACUAAACAUUGUCACUGAUUAAGCGCAAGGAAAGAACGUUGUUUUGCUCUCGUGUAGCCAUUCCACUUUAUGUUGAUGUUUUCCUUUUGUACCAUUGGCAUUGCAAUGCUACAUAGCAGCUUGAAUGAUCUUUUAAUAACUGUGUGGCAGAUGAGAACAGAUGUACGACCGUACAACCAAUAAAAAUAAGUAGACAUGAGACUGACGUUUUAGGUUUCUGCAGCUGUAAUAUUCUCAGUCAUGGAUUUUAGUAAGUUAGUGGUACAGUUACAGUAAAAAAAAAAAAAGGAAUGCUUGAAUCAUUUAUUCAAAUUGGCUGAGAAACACCUGAGUGAUAACAGAAAUGUCAGUGUAUUUUGCUUGCAAAUAUAUUUUAUUAAAUGGAGAACUUGGUAUUA